AGAGGCAGAACUGGUACCAGGCAGUCGCGGUUGCCGUCAAAUCACAAGGCCGAUGCCAUACCUCCCACCGUAGCCGCACUCCUCGCACUCACCGAAAUUCCACGCAUGCCGUCACGGACGCGCAAAGGCGCCAACAGCAAGGACAAGAAGAUCUCAAUGGACGAGUUGAUACAGGAGUGGAAUAAGGAAGAUGCAGAGCUGUCGCCGUCGCUGGGAGGCUCGCCGCUUGACCUGCUAUUGGGUCGCGUGGACGAGUCGGAGGAUGAGUUUGGCAGCUUACAGAGCAUGAGGCAAGAGAGGGGAUCAUGGACACCCAGGUCCAUGUCCUCCGACUCACUAAACACGAUGCCGCCGUCGCUGGUCCACGAUUCGCCCUCCUUCGCUUCCGUCUGGGACGUCCCAAGCACGCCAGAGUCCUGUGGCAGACCCGAACGACGAGGGAAGACAGUCCAGUCGCCGCCAAAAGAGGACUGCAUCCUGGAUCACCCACUUCUACACUUCAGCGAAGAUGAAUGCGAGGACCUUGCCGCAAUAGAUACGACCGAAGUUGUUGUCACCUCGCCAUCUCCCUCGACCGGCAGAUUCCAGUCCUUCAAAUCGAAUUUGACUGCUUCGUUCCAGGCCAUGAAAUCCGCAGCUAAAUCCUUUUCCAACUUCACAGCACCAAGUGUACCGCCGGACGACCUGCUCACACGGUCACUACUGUCGCCACGAUUCACAAGCGAAAUGCGCCCCAAGCACAUGCAAGGCCUACCAUCGCCCGCCCUGAGACGCUACCUAAACCCGCAACCCGCAGCCAUAUCCUACCAGGAGAUGUCCAUGCGACUCCACUCGGCACUCAAGCUCGACGCGGACACAGAUAUCAAGGCCCCCAUGAUCCAGAUGCAGACCUACGACCGUCGCGGCCGCUCUCCCAGCCGCAAACGCAAAAACGACCCCUUCUCCGAGGCAGGACGGGCGCUCUCCCCUGCACCCGCCGUGCGCCAGCGUGAGCCCCGCGAGAACAGCGAUUUCCUGCGUGUGAUCGUCAUGGAAAUGAACAUGCGCCGGGCGGGCAAGCUGGAUCCCAAGGCGGUAGGGAAAGCACGUAUCUGGUUACCUCCUAGGAAAUCGACUCCGAGCGCUGCGACACCGGUUUCUCAAAGCGGCAAUGGUGUGCCUGAUCGAUGGGUU